AUGAAGCCCUUUAGUGCACCUUACGCCGUAUUUACGGAUCGUUUACGAAACCGAGGCCAGAAGACUGCAUGGAUAGAAUAUACAAUUACAGCAACAUGUGCCAUUGGUAACAUGCUUUUUGGUUAUGACCAAGGGGUGAUGGGUGGAUUCUUGACGUCGACAUCCUUCGCAAACACAUUUCCCUCUAUCUCGUCAGAUGGGGGCAACUCGACUCUUCAGGGAUUCGUCGUUGCGGUUUAUGAAAUCGGAUGUGCCGUGGGGGCUCUCAGUGUUAUCUUUGGUGGUGAUCGAUACGGGCGACGAGUAACUGUCAUGUGUGGUCAGACCAUUCUUAUAAUUGGCGCGAUAUUGCAGUUUACGUCGUAUAGCCUUUCCCAACUCAUCGUUGGACGUAUAGUUACCGGAGUUGGUAAUGGAAUGGCUGUUGCCGUUCUUCCAACAUGGAAUGGAGAGUGUUCACGAUCAAGCAAUCGCGGAAGAGCAGUCUUGUGGCAGCUCAACGUCAAUAUUCUCGGUAUUGCGAUUGCGUAUUGGGUAGACUACGGUGUCAACGAGUCAUCGUUGACUGGAAACACGGAUUGGUCCUGGAGAUUUCCGUUAUCACUGCAAGUUGUGUUCUCAGCAGCUACGAUAAUCUUCUCAUUCUUCUUGCCUGACUCUCCUCGGGCAUUAGUACGGAAGGGCAAAGUGGACGAAGCUCGAGACGUCAUUGACAUGCUGUCACUUGAGAUAGACCCUGUGAAACGGGCCGAAGCCACGAACAUCAGCCUGUCCCUUAUCGAGAAUGCACUUGAAGAAGAAAACACCGAAAACAAGACUAGCUGGAGUGAUGUGUUCACUCAAGGCGAAGGACGCUACUUUCAACGUUUAGUCUUAGCAACCAUGUCACUUUGCAUGUUACAACUUAGUGGCCUCAAUCUAAUCACAAACUACGCGCCGGUCAUCUUUCAAGACACUCUAGGCAUGUCACGGAAUUUGAGUCUACUCAUGGCCGGCUUCAACGGCCUUGAGUAUUGGUUGGCCACAUUCGUUCCCAUUCCACUCAUCGAUCGCGUCGGCCGUCGCCGCAUCAUGCUUUUCUCCGCCAUUGGCCAGACAAUCACCAUGGCUGUCUUGGCUGGAUGCAUUGCGUACCCAAACAGCAAACCAGCUGGCUAUGUCGCUACAGUCGGCCUAUUUGUAUUCAAUACAUUUGCUGGAAUUGGUUUCGAUGGAAUUCCGUUCUUGCUGCCGGUUGAGCUUACACCAUUGCAAACUCGAGGGAAGUCAGUUGCUAUUGCAACGGGAUGUUUCUGGUUAUGCAACUUCUUCGUUGUCAUGAUUUCUCCGGUCCUGAUUGAUAGGAUUAAAUAUGGCACAUAUAUUCUAUGGUGUGGAACGAAUCUAUGCUUUGUUCCACUGAUCUACUUCUUGAUACCCGAAACGUCCAAAGCGGCUUUGGAAGAUAUAGAUGUCUUGUUCCAAACCAGCGGGAGAUGGGUUAUUGGCCCUGGAUCACGGCAGAAGCUCCGAGAUAUUGUCGCGGGUCGUCAGGCUGCGGAAAGCAGUUAUAUCAAAGAGCACCGCGAGUUUGAUAGCAACAAAAGUCAGGUGGAAAUCAUUGAGGAUACUUCGGCGGAUAAACAUUCACAGGUGUAG